CGCGAGGCCGCGCGGGGUCCCCCUCAGUCUCGCCACUGCAUCCCGACGGUCGGCCGUUCCUCGGGGGCCCCGAGUGGACACUCCCCGAGGGUUGGGGGCACCAGGGUUCCAGACUGACGGACCCGCCCGCUCCCGCGGGGCGCGGGUCGGAGCUGCCCACCCGGCCGAGCUGUCACCGGCCCGGCGGCGCCCCGGCUUCUCGGCCUCUCCCUGCCCCGCGCACGUUCCCGCUGCGGGAGGUGCCUGCCUCCUGCACCCACCGCUCACCCUCACUCAGGGGCAGCCGUGGCAGUUCGCCCCGCUCCGGCGGUGCUCUGUCCCGCUGCCUCCCCGGGGGCGCGGCGGGGACAGCCCGGGUCGGGACGCAGGACUGACCCGGCUGCAGGGCUGGCGGCGGAUCGGCUAACCGCUCGGAGUCUCCGUUUUCCGUUUGUGAGAUGGGGGCGUCUGUGCUGCUCCCCUGUGAGGAGUGUCAGGGCGGCACGAGCUUUCUUUUCUCGCUCCUGUGUGCCGACUGGGCGCCUCGGCGCCGGCCGCCCGGGCCAUAUGGCACCGCACAGUGACCCCUUCCCGCGCAGGGCGCCGGCCGGGGCGAUGUUCCGCACCGCGGUGAUGAUGGCGGCCAGCCUGGCGCUGACCGGGGCCGUGGUGGCUCACGCCUACUACCUCAAGCACCAGUUCUACCCCACGGUGGUGUACCUGACCAAGUCCAGCCCCAGCAUGGCCGUCCUGUACAUCCAGGCCUUCGUUCUUGUCUUCCUUUUGGGCAAGGUGAUGGGCAAGGUGUUCUUCGGGCAGCUGAGGGCGGCGGAGAUGGAGCACCUUCUGGAACGUUCCUGGUAUGCGGUCACCGAGACUUGUCUGGCCUUCACCGUCUUCCGGGACGACUUCAGCCCCCGCUUCGUUGCGCUCUUCACCCUCCUCCUCUUCCUCAAGUGUUUCCACUGGCUGGCUGAGGACCGCGUGGACUUUAUGGAACGCAGCCCCAAUAUCUCCUGGCUCUUUCACUGCCGCAUUGUCUCCCUUAUGUUCCUCCUGGGUAUCCUGGACUUCCUCUUCGUCAGCCAUGCCUAUCACAGCAUCCUGACCCGUGGGGCCUCUGUGCAGCUGGUGUUUGGCUUUGAGUACGCCAUCCUGAUGACUAUGGUGCUCACCAUCUUCAUCAAAUACGUGCUGCACUCCGUGGACCUUCAGAGCGAAAACCCCUGGGACAAUAAGGCCGUGUACAUGCUCUACACAGAGCUGUUUACAGGCUUCAUCAAGGUUUUGCUCUAUCUGGCUUUCAUGACCAUCAUGAUCAAGGUGCACACCUUCCCUCUGUUUGCCAUCCGGCCUAUGUACCUGGCCAUGAGGCAGUUCAAGAAAGCUGUGACAGACGCCAUCAUGUCUCGCCGAGCUAUCCGCAACAUGAACACACUGUACCCAGAUGCCACCCCAGAGGAACUCCAGGCAAUGGACAAUGUAUGCAUCAUCUGUCGAGAAGAGAUGGUGACUGGUGCCAAGAAACUGCCCUGCAACCACAUUUUCCAUACCAGCUGCCUGCGCUCCUGGUUCCAGCGGCAGCAGACCUGCCCUACUUGCCGUAUGGAUGUCCUUCGUGCAUCGCUGCCAACCCAAUCACCACCACCCCCUGAACCUGCGGAUCAGGGACCACCACCUGCCCCCCAUCCCCCACCACUCCUGCCCCAGCCCCCCAACUUCCCCCAGGGCCUCCUACCUCCCUUUCCACCAGGCAUGUUCCCUCUGUGGCCCCCCAUGGGCCCCUUUCCACCCGUUCCACCUCCUCCCAGCUCAGGAGAGGCUGCGGCCCCUCCAUCCACCAGCGCAGCAGCCCUUUCUCGGCCCAGUGGAGCAGCCACAACCACAGCUGCUUCUGCUGCCUCUGCCCCAGCACCUGGCUCUGCCCCCACCGCCGAGGCUGCUCCCACCCCGGGCUUCCCCUUCCCCCCUCCCUGGAUGGGCAUGCCGCUGCCGCCACCCUUCGCCUUCCCCCCAAUGCCUGUGCCCCCUGCCGGCUUUGCUGGGCUGACCCCGGAGGAGCUGCGGGCUCUGGAAGGCCACGAGCGGCAGCACCUGGAGGCUCGGCUGCAGAGCCUGCGCAACAUCCACACGCUGCUAGAUGCUGCCAUGCUGCAGAUCAACCAGUACCUCACCGUACUCGCCUCCUUGGGGCCCCCCCGGCCGGCCACCUCAGUCAGCUCCACUGAGGAGACUGCCCCUACAGUUGCUGCUGCCUCCUCCACCAGCAUCCCCAGCUCUGAGGCCACCACCCCAUCCACAGGAGCUUCCCCACCAGCCCCAGAACCUGAAAAGCCUUCAGGUUCUGAGUCCAUGGGCACCGAGGAGCUGCCUGAGGAUGGGGAGCCUGACGCAGCGGAGCUCCGCCGCCGCCGCCUGCAGAAGCUGGAGUCCCCCGUCGCCCACUGACACCGCUCCAGGCCCGGCCGCUGCUCCCUCUCGAGCAGCCCUUGCUGGAACAUGUCCUGCCACCAAGUGCCAGCUCCCUCUCUGUACCAGGGAGUAGUAACCCCACAUCUGAGACAAAGGAGGUGGCAUCCCCUAGGCCAAGUGGAAAGAGGCCCAAGGCCCAGCUGACUCCAGCCCUUACAGUCCUUGGGCGGCCAAGGGGAUCUGGAGUCAGUUCCAGCCUUCUCCAACCCUUCAGCCCUGUGUUCUGUUGGGGCCAUGAAGGCAGAACAGCACAGCCUCUAAGAAGCCCUCUGACCCCCUCCUCGUUUUUGGGAGGAGGGGCAGCCCCCUGAGCCCACUCAGCGUGUGCGGAGUCGCACUGCAGUGCCGGACAGUAUUAGCUCCCAUUCCUAAGUGUGGACUCGAGGGUCUGGGGGCAGGCCGGGAACUUGCUCCCUGGCCCACCAAGACUGGUACCGGUGUCCAUUUUUUACCCUCAAUUCCCUGGAAGCCCUUUGUGGUGGUGGCUGUGUCCCUUACGCCCUGUGACAUUUCCAUGUCUUACUGGCAACCACACAACUCAGGGAAAGGAGUGCCUGGGGGCAGAGCAGCAGGAGGGCAGCACCGAGGGACACUGCCUACAAGGCCCCUCUCCCUGUAGCUUGUCUAAAGUGAGACUGUCCCUGCUCUCACCCAGCAGCCACUGCCCAGCCUCACUCCAGGCUGAGGGCUGUGCGUCUGCUCCGGAACCACUGCGGAAGGCCGCUCCUCAACUUACAGAACUUGUCUUAAGUUUAAAGAAUUGGAGUAACUUCCUUGUAUUUUCUUUGGCUGAAAAUCUGUCUUUGGAUUUGAGUGCUUGACCCCAGGGAAGAGGAGCAGGAGCGCCGACUCCUGGUCUUUCCAGUUAGAAAAGGCUCUGGGCAGGUGGGGAACACGGGAGCCAAGGCCUGCCUGUCCGUCUUUUCCCCCUUGGUUUUGUGUUAAGUGAGUUGCUGGAGAGUUUCAGAUGAUUAUUUAAUUUGUAAAUAUUGUACAAAUUUUAAUAGCUUGAAUUGUAUAUACAGCCAAAUAAAAGCUUGCAUUAACAAUU